GAGAGAGAGAGAGAGAGAGAGUGUGUCUCGAUAGGAGUGGCUCGAUAGGAGUGGCAGUGCUGCUCGUGACUUCACUUCAAACAUGGCCGCACAGGACGAGCUCAACCAGUUGGAGCGUGUGUUUUUGCGCUUGGGUCAUGCAGAAACAGAUGAGCAGUUGCAGGAUAUUAUAUCCAAAUUCCUGCCCCCUGUCAUCCUCAAACUAUCCAGUGUGCAAGAGGGGGUUCGCAAGAAAGUUAUGGAGUUGCUGGUACACCUGAACAAAAGGAUAAAGAGUCGACCCAAGAUUCAGCUUCCUGUAGAAACACUGUUGGUUCAGUAUCAGGACCCUGCUGCUGCAUCUUUUGUCACGAACUUCACUAUCAUCUACAUAAAAAUUGGCUAUCCUAGGCUGGAGGUCUCCAAACAGUGUGAGCUUGCACCUACUCUACUCACAGCAAUGGAAGGCAAACCUCAGCCCCAACAGGACAGUCUAAUGCACCUGCUGAUCCCUACACUGUAUCAUAUGAAAUAUCCAUCAGAGCCAUCUAAAGCUUCCCCAUUUGUCCUGACGGAGAGACCCAAAACUGUACAACUGCUCUUAGAGUUCAUGCUUGAUGUUCUUCUGAUGCCUUAUGGGUUUGUGUUAAAUGAGCCUCCAAGUCGUCCGGCCCCUUCGUCUCCACAAGGGGGAUCUGGAACAGGAGCCGCGGCAGCACAAGGUCUCCCUCAGCCUCCUCCAGGAAUGAGUGUUUAUGCGGUUAAAAGAGUCAUUGGAGAAGCUCAGUGGAGCCCAGAGCAACUGGAGCAGUGUAAACUGGGAAUUGUGAAGUUUAUAGAGGCAGAGCAGGUGCCUGAGGUUGAAACAGUCAUUCACUUAGUUGUGGCUUCAAGUGACACCAGGCACAGUGUCGCCACAGCAGCUGAUCUGGAACUCAAAAGCAAGCAGAGCAUUAUUGACUGGAACAAUCCACUCAUUAUCAACAAAAUGUAUAAAGUUUACCUGGGUGAUAUUCCACUCAAAACUAAAGGUGCCACAGUGAAACAGGAACUGAAGCAUGAGCCCGUCAGCACCAGAGUCAAGAUGAAGAUUCUGCCUCAUCUUCUCCGCUCCAGACUGGCUGCUGAGUGCUUUCCUGCUAAUAUACAGGUUGUUUAUGAUGGACUUUUUGGAGCAAACACCAACAACAAACUCCUGUCCCUCACUCUGCAGUUUGUACAUCAUAUCUGUAUGGUGUGCCCUGAUAGCAACAAACCUUUGGGUUUGAUGCUGCUGAAUGGACUUACCAAGCUUAUUAAUGAAUAUAAAGAGGACCCCAAACUACUAUGUAUGGCCUACUCUGCUGUUGGAAAACUUUCAAGUCGAAUGCCUCAGCUUUUCACAAAAGACAUUGCAUUGGUACAGCAGUUUUUUGAGUCCAUGUGCAAGGAGGAUGCUGAUGUACGAUUGGCCAUACAGGAGGCCUUGUCAAUGAUGGUGGGAGCGUAUGUAAAUCUUCAAGGGGCGCUUCUGAACCUAAUGGACGCACUUGUGGCUGCAUAUAUCACAAAGCCGGAGGUACAGGUGCGUCAGAUAGCGAUGAAAUUUGCCAUCACAGUGUUUGCUCCUGAUCACGUAGCCUCUAGAUAUCUCUUACUGCUGGCUGCAGGAGAUCCUCGUGAGGAGGUGUCUGGGGAGGCUCGGCGAACCCUUCGGUCUCUCCCCUCUACGAAGACAGAGAAAGAGGGAUCAAGGCCCAUGCCGUCAUUCCCUGAGAUGGUCAGCUACAUCCAGGAAAAGGCUGCACAGAGAUUGAAGACUCCUGCCAAAUACAUUGUUGGUACUUCCACUUUGCCUUUUAAUCCUGCCACAUUUGGAGAG